UCCUCGGUACAUUCCUCGCACCGAUUCCUCCUCCGUUUAUAUUGGUUUAAUUCAGUCGCGAUCCUCUCUUCGCAGAGCACGCACGUUGUUGCACUCGUCAAUAAAAACAACGAUUUCUACUGCUCAUACUGGUUUCUUUCCCUCCAAACAGACCAGUUACAUUUGUGAAAAAAUAAUCUAUGACAUUAAUUGUCAAAAAUCGUGAAAAAAAAAACAGUUUAGAAAAAUUCUAGUUAUAUAUUUUGAAAUAUUUUUUAUUUAUAAGGAUGCGAAGAACAGUAUAGCUUUUAAAUAAUAAUUGACAAUUUAAAGAAGUGUUAGUUUAUAUUGGUCGGAAGUAGUCGAAGUGUAUGUCGAUGAUGUCAGCGCUGACGGUGACCACGACGCUCACCAACGGGCACGGUCACCUCAAGUUGGAAGCCAAUGGCCUCAAUGGAUACAGGAAGAAUGGAUACACUAAACCGGAACCCACACCCGUAGAAUUACCCUCGCUAUGCACAGCGGCGCCAUUCAGCGGCGACGCGACAGCGAUAGCGGAGCGCGAGCGCGUAUGCUACGGUCGGAUAUCGCGCGCAGCCGCGCUGGCGGGGUCGGCGGGCCGCAAGGUGCGCGUGUACUCGGACGGCAUCUACGACAUGUUCCACCAGGGACACGCGCGGCAACUAAUGCAGGCCAAGACUGUCUUCCCUAAUGUUUACCUUAUAGUCGGAGUAUGCAACGACGAUCUCACACACAGCCGCAAGGGGCGCACAGUUAUGACAGAAGACGAGCGAUACGAGGCCGUCCGCCAUUGCAGAUAUGUAGAUGAGGUAGUGAAAGACGCGCCGUGGGAGUACGAUGAGGAGUUCCUGGAGAAGCACAAGAUUGACUUCGUGGCGCACGACGACAUCCCGUACACCACCGAGGACUGCGAGGACACCUACGCCAUGAUCAAGGCCAAAGACAUGUUCGUCGCCACGCAGAGGACGGAAGGCGUGUCAACGUCUGACAUAGUGGCGCGGAUAGUGCGCGACUACGACAUCUACGUGCGGCGGAACCUGGCGCGCGGGUACUCGGCCAAGGAGCUCAACGUAUCCUUCCUUAACGAGAAGAAGUUCCGGUUGCAGAACAAAAUGGACGAGCUCAAGGACAAAGGCAAGAAGGUAAUGACAAACAUAGGUGAGAAGCGAGUGGACAUUCUAACCAAGUGGGAGGAGAAGUCCCGGGAGUUGAUCGACGCGUUCUUACUCCUAUUCGGCCCCGACGGGCGCCUGUCCAGCAUAUGGAACGAGUCCAAGGGCCGGCUCAUGCAGGCGCUGUCGCAGCCGCCGUCGCCGCGCGCCAGCCCGCCGCCCAGCGAGAACGGAGACUCACAUUCACCUACUCAUAGAGGAUCGGCGUCGCCGCCGCCGCCCAAGUCGCGGCGAUACGAAACGCUAUGGGAGCCCCAAGCAGGUAACUGGAUGCAUCGGGCUCUGAACGUGCUGGGGACGAGGAAGCGUCCUCACAGCGCCAGCUGACCGACGACGGCUCGGACAGCGACGACGACUACCAGGACACCAGCCCCUACCUCUAGGCCCCGGCGGGGCGCGUCGCCGCCUGCGACGUGCUCCAUCGCGCCACGUCCGACCUCAGCAUCGAGGACCGCCCCGCCGCCGUCGCCGGCCGCGCCACACAUAUAUCUUGUUGAUAUGUUAAAUUAUUGUAGAAUAUAUGUAUGUUACACCUUAAA